AUGACUCGCACGGAGAUCCUCUCUAACGGCCAUGCCGAGCCGGCGUCGAACGGCAUGGUCCAAUACCCCUUUGACAAUGUCGUCGAUGCCCUGCGCGCAGCGGCCAACACCACCGAAGGCAUCAUCGCCUACCAGACCAACAACAGUGGCAGCGAGACCACUCCGGCGCAGCACAUCUCCUACAAGGAACUGCUGCGGACCGCCGAGGCCAACGCCGCCCUGCUCCAGAGCAAACACUUGACCACGCCCAAGCAGCCGGUCGUCGUCCACUCCGACAAUGCCGUCGACAGCAUGAUCUGGUACUGGUCUGUGCUCCUGACCGGGGCCAUUCCCACCAUGACGGGGCCCGGCAUGUUCAGCCAGGACGCCGUCGAGCGGAAGAAACAUCUCCUCCAUCUGCACCGCACGUUAGAUGCCCCGCUGUGUCUCACGCGGCGCGCCCUCAUGGGGCCGUUCAAUGAGAACGCCGGUCUGCUGCAAUGUCUGGCGUUUGAAGACCUCAGCCCUAGCCCUGACGGAAGCAACGCCUCCUUGCCGCCGUCCAUCAACCCCUCCCCCAUGGACGUGGCCGCCCUGAUGCUCACUUCCGGCAGCAGCGGCACGGCCAAAGCGGUGCCCAUCACGCACCAGCAGGUGCUGGCAGCGCUCCGCGGCAAGACGGCGGUGGCCCAGCUGUCGCAUCCGACCAGCCCGUUCCUCUCGUGGGUGCACAUGGACCACGUCGCCAACCUCGUGCACUGCCACCUCUUUGCCAUCGUGGCGGGCGUGUCGCAGGUGCAGGUCCCCGCGGCCAACGUACUCGUCGAUCCGAUGCAGCUGCUCAACCUGCUCAGCCGGCACCGCGUCUCGCGCACCUUUGCACCCAACUUCCUCUUCGCCAAGCUGCGCCGCCAAUUCGACGCCGGCCGCACCGACUCGCUCGACGCUGACCUCAACCUCGCGGCCCUGUACCUCGACACCGGCGGCGAGGCGAAUGUGAUCGACGUCUGUGCCGGUCUGCAGCCCAUCCUCGCCCGCUACGGCGCCCCGGCCGACGUCUUCAAGCCCUCCUUCGGCAUGACCGAGACCUGCGCCGGCUGCAUCUUCAACAGCCACUGUCCCAGCUACGACCAGGCCCGGCUGCACGAGUUCGCGUCGCUGGGCACUCCGAUGCCGGGCGUGCGGAUGCGCAUCAGCCGACUGGACGGGUCGGGCGAGGCCGCCCCCGGCGAGCGCGGUCACCUCGAAAUCACCGGCGAGGCCAUCUUCCACGGCUACUACAACAACCCGACCGCCACGGCGGACGCCUUCACGGCGGACGGCUGGUUUCGCACGGGGGAUUUGGCGUACAUCGACGCGGGUGGCCACUUGCACCUCGACGGCCGCACCAAGGAGAUGGUCAACAUCAACGGGGUCAAGUACCUCCCGCACGAGCUGGACGCGGCGCUGGAGCAGGCGGAGAUUCCCGGCGCCACGCCGACGUACUUUUGCUGCUUCGGUACGCGCACGGCGGCGAUGGACACGGAGGUGGUGGCGGUGCUGUACCUGCCGGCGUACGACGAGGCGGACGACGCGGCGCGGUUCGACGCGCAGAGCAGCAUCAUCCGGCUGAUCAGCAUGUACACGCACUCGCGGCCGCGGGUGGUGCCGCUGCGGCGCGAGGACAUGCCCAAGACGACGCUGGGCAAGCUGUCGCGGGCCAAGCUGCAGGCGGCGCUGGAGGCGGGCCAGUUUGCAGCCUACGAAGCGGCUAACGAGGCGGCCAUCCGGCGGCACCGCGACACGAUGCGCGGCGAGCCGGCGUCGGCGGAGGAGGCGACCAUCCUGUCCAUCAUCCGCGAGCAGCUGGAAAUCCCGGAGGCGGACGACUUUGGCGUGACCGACUCGAUCCUGUCGAUGGGCGCCACGUCCAUGGACCUGGUGGCCAUUAUGCAGCGGGUCAACCGGCAGCUGCAACUGCGCAAGACGCUGGCGCUGACGGACAUGCUCAACUAUGCGACGGCGCGCGGAUUGUGCCAGCGCAUCGCGGCGACCAGCGGCACGGGACGGAAGCAUGUGUAUGACCCGGUGGUGGUGUUGCAGCCGCACGGACGCAAGACGCCGCUGUGGCUGGUGCACCCGGGGGUAGGCGAGGUGCUGGUGUUUGUGAACCUGGCGCACCACAUCACGGAUCGGCCGGUGUACGCGUUCCGGGCCAAGGGGUUCAACGCGGCCGAGGGCGAGACGCCAUUCACGUCGCUGGAGGAGGUGUUUGAGACGUACAAGGCGGCGAUGAAGGCGCGGCAGCCCCAGGGGCCGUACGCGAUCGCGGGCUAUUCGUUUGGCGGGAUGGUGGCCUUUGAGAUUGCGAAGCGGCUGGAGGCGGAGGGAGACGAGGUGCGGUACUGCGGAAGCUGGAACCUGCCGCCGCACAUCAAGUGGCGCAUGAAACAGCUGCUGUGGGACGAGUGCAUCAUCCACCUGUUCUACUUUGUCGACCUGAUGGACGAGGAGACGGCGUACACGCACAAGCCCAAGCUGUGCGAGUUGGAGCGGCAGGGGCGGCGGCUGGAGGCGGUGCGGUACCUGCGGCAACACAGCAACCCGGCGCGGUGGGAUGAGCUGGGGCUCUCGGAGGAGUACUACCUGCUGUGGGUGAACCUGGCCUCCAACAUGCAGGGCAUGGCGACCGAGUACGAGCCGUCAGGGAAUGUGAAGCAUCUGGAUGUGUUUGUGGCGGAUCCGUUGACGCAUGUGGCCCGGACGCGCGAGGAGUGGGUGAACGGGCUGUUGGCGGCGUGGAAGGACUUUGUGCGGGAGGGAGUGCGAUACCACCAUGUGGAGGGGGCGCAUUACACGAUGCUGAAGCCGGAGUAUGUGGCGAACUUCGCCAAGACACUGCGGACGGUGUUGAGGGAGCGAGGGGUGUAG